CACGUGAUGACGUGAUUCAUUUAGAAAAAUCGGACUUGUGAAAAACAAGUGGAAACCGUUGCUGUGUUAUAUAUAUUUCCCAUAUAAUUUAUUAGCUUUUUCUGAUGUUUGACUACAUUUGACUUACACAAAAUGGGUAUCAGAGGUCUGUCUUCGUACAUUCAGGCGAGAUCUGAAAAGUGCCUAACCAAUCACAAACUGCACAACUCCGACAUCGUCAUUGAUGGAAGCAACCUACUUCAUUUUUUGUACCUCAACUGCCCAAAACAGAAUGCAUGCUUUGGUGGUGACUACAACAUCUUUUCUGAUCAUGUCCGAGAAAUCUUCAGAUUGCUAAAGAAAUGCAACAUUAAUGCAAUUAUAAUCUUUGAUGGUGGAAUGGAUGUGGACGAUAGAAAACAGAAAACUAGACUUCUUCGAGCUAAGCAAAAGAUAGUUGCUUCUAUCAAAGUUAAACCUAGUAAUCAGCACAGGAUGUCUGUGCUUCCUUUGCUUCUCAAAACUGUAUUUCUUACAGUACUUAAAGAAUUUGAUGUUGAAGUUGUUCAGUGCCAAUAUGAAGCUGACGGUGAUCUUGCUUCAUUGGCUCGAGGUUUAAAAUGCCCAGUUGUGAGCAAUGAUUCUGAUUUUUAUGUGAUGGAUGUGCUUGUCAUUCCUUUAACACUGAUGGAAUUAAACAGUGCUGUGAAGUGUGAUGAUGGAUUUGCCAUACAAUGCAAACUUUUUGAUAUGGCAAACUUCCUAAAAUUCAUAGGCCACCAAGAUGCUUCGAUUUUUCCCCUAAUGGGCACUCUUUUGGGAAACGAUUAUGCUGAUAAAAGGCUCUUUGAAAACAUUUUCUCACAGAUUCACUUACCUAAAAGCAAAUCUAUGAAUGAUCAACAUCGGAGACUUCAGGGACUACUCGAAUGGCUAAAGGGACAAACUGUGGACGAAGCGAUUGAUAGAAUUCUAAUGUUUGUCAAGAAAAUUCACCAUAUUGAAGUUGAAGUAGCUAUUCGUACCAGUUUAAAUGCUUACGAGGAUGAAAAUAAUGGAGAAAUGAAUUCCGUCGCUGAUCUAAGAGAGAAGAUUGUUAAAAGUUUGAUGGAGGAUGGUUUGCCAGAAUGGUGGUGUAAACUGUAUACUGAUUCAAAUAUUCCGCCUUGGGUGGUGGAAGUCAUGAUGAGCCAUAGAAUGCCGUAUCAAUCCCAAGUGGAGUCUGUGCGUUAUAGUAAUAGUUUUUGCUGCUGUUUGGACCUCUUGAAAGCCAUCGCAUUGAUAUGCUGGGACAACCAAAUUGACAACCGCCUCUCUACAUUAUGGCGAAAAAACUCAGAGCUGGUCUUUAAAAAGCUAACGCUGUCACGGAUGGAUUUUACCGUAACUUUGCCGGGACUGUCUUCCGUUGGAACCAUGAAGCCACAUGAGAAACAACAACUGCUUUUUGAUAUCAUCCUUGAACAAAAUGUUGGGCGACUAAAGGAGCUUCCAUCGAAAUGGCAGAUAGUCUUUGCCACAAUUAUCCAUUGGAUUAGGCAUUCACAUUGUCGUGUUCGGAGUUAUCAUGUUGACGGAUUAAUAGUCGGCCUUAUUUAUCUGUCCAUGAUUGAGCCGCGCGUUGGACGCAUACGUAGCCUAAAGCGUCUGGAUAACAACGCAAGCAAAGCGAAGGACGAUUCAAUGGUGGAUUACGUCACAGCGGCCAGAAACACCUUUAAAUUCCAAGAAAUAGCCGCAAGAAUGCUUUCGCAUGACAUCAACUAUGACCGAGACAUCGUGCACCUCCUGGCAGAGUUUCAAGCUACGUUUUAUUUUGCCCACACACUUCACCGAGUUCUCGACAGCGGUCUUUCGUGUGCAUCCCCUUCAGAUUUUUAUUGGGGAACAUUUAUAUACAACGCCGCGUGUCUCUUCAAAGGCUACGAUCGUUUAGUGUUGGCAGAAAAGUUAUUUGGCGGAACUACAUCUCUGCUAUUUACGACCUUUCAGCAUUACACUGACGUUGUAUACGAGUUGGCACCUGCUCAUCUGGCAAAUUGGACACCCCACGGCCCAAACAAACCAAGGAAACGAACAAGAAAACGUAAAGAUAAAUCAACGACAGCAGAAAAUAAUUCAUCGUCAUCUGGAGAAGAGAGCGCCGCAAGCGAUAAUGAUGUUGAACUGAUUGGGGGCGGUACUUCGUCUGAAUCCCUUUCCAUCUGCCUAUGUCAUUCUCUGAUAAGGAGUUGAUAAAGUUACCGGGUUUACUAAAAUUCACCUAGACGCACGAAAAAUUGACCAUCUUUCGUCAUACCUCCU